AUGAGUAUCAACGACACCUCCACCCCCGCCUCUGCCUCUGCCUUGGCAUCAGCCACCCCCGUCCCCGUCCCCGUCCCAGCCCCAACCCCAGCGCCGGCUCCGAUUACGAUCACCAUCCCUGCGAGCGCUACUGUCCCUCGUUCCAACAAGCGCUCGCCUCGAGGGAAAGACGCUUUGAAUCGAGGUGGGGGAGGAGGGGGGGAUGUGGAGAUGGAUGAAGGCGUUGAGAAGGGCACCUCCAAUGGACACGUCAACGGGAAUGGGGAUGAUGUAGUCAUGUCGACUGACAGUCCUACGCCUGCUAGCAAGUCGCAUACCUCUGCUGUGGCUGCUGGGCAGAGUCGGCCGGGGACGCCGGUGAUGAAUGGAUCUGCUGGGGCUGGGGAUGUGGGUGGAAGUGGGAGAGGAGGUGGGGGCGGGAGUGUGGGGAGGAGUGGGAGGAAGAGGAAAGUUUCUGAUGAGACACCCAACGCCAAAUCAACGAGGUCUACAAGAAGUCGAUUGCAUACCCCCUCAGUCCACGCUUCACCCGCAUCUACAUCGCAGCACCGUGCCCCACCCCCUCCCCAGCCCGAAGUGGGACAGCCGACGAGGGAUGAUACCCUCCUCCCCGACCCUUCUUUGGACACUACAACAGCCAACACGGCGAACAACAGCAACAACCCCUCCUCCAAAGCUCCCUCCCCUGCCCCUCUCUCCGAAACCGACCCCACCCUUACCCCUGCCCCUGCCUCUGCCUCUGCCCCUGCCACCGGCUCAGGAGGGCUGAACGAAGAAACAGACCCCAUCCGGCUCGAAGCCGCCGCAGGCUACGAAUCCCGCCUCCGCGCGCGAGUCCCGGGUGGCGGCGGGGGUAACGCCAAGAAGGACGGGGCGGGGCACAAGAUUGGGGUGAGUGCGAGUGGGAGGGAUGUGAGGAUUGGGGGGAGCGCGAGGCAGGCUGCGACGGCGUUGAAGAAGGAUAAGGGGAAGGGGAAGGGGGAUGUUGUCCAGCCGAAUCAAGAUUUCUGUUCGGCGUGUCGAGGUAUAGGCAGGUUUUUGUGCUGCGAUGGGUGUCCGAGGUCGUUCCAUUUCAUGUGCCUCGAACCGCCUUUGAGGCUGGACGAGUUGCCAGAGGAAGAACGGUGGCUUUGCAAACACUGUCGUUCUGAAAACGCAAAGGAAGAAGACCCCACACCGAAAAAGCAGAAAGAUCUUCCAGCUAUCCCAUCGGUGUUUAGAGCGCUGAGCGACAAGAUUGAAGAUGAGAACCCGGAACAGUUUAGGUUGCCGACGGAGGUGCGCAAGUUUUUUGCUGGGGUUAGUACGGGCGCGGAGGGGGAGUAUGUGGAUGCGAAAUCUGGCCGAGCGAAGAUUGAUCGAAAAGGAUUCCUCGAAGACCGCGACCCAUUCCGCCUCCGCGACGGCCGCCAGAAAAAAGUCGCAUGCUUCCACUGCGGCGGCUCCUCCCUCCCCAAACAUUCCGUCCUCACCGACCCCGAAGCGACGUGGCGACAGAUGAUUAGCUGUGAUUAUUGUCCGAGCAGCUGGCAUUUGGAUUGUCUCAGUCCGCCGCCUAGUAUCAUGCCGAGUGCGGGGAGGAAGUGGAUGUGCCCGAAUCAUCCGGAGCAUGUUAUGCCAAAGAGACGGACGCUCAACGAAGGUCUGGAGAUUAUCGACAUUUCCAAACCCGGGCAACUCAACAACGGCAACAUCGAAAUCAUCGUGCCCGAGACGACCGCUAUCGGCAAAGACGGAAAACAAUUCGAGUUUGAGGAUAUGGUCAUCAACCGAAAGAAGUUUAGGGUGCCAGAGAAGGUUGUCAAGUUGGACUUUUGGAACAAGAUUCAGCGUGGGAAGAGUGAGGGGAAGGGAAAGGGCAGGGAGGUGAAUGGGGAUGAGAUGGAGGUGGAUGAGGAUGAGGCGGAGCCGGAGAUGGACGACAUCAAUGCUGCGGCGAUGAUGAUGGCUCUCGCCUUUUCUAGACAUACCGCGCCGCCUGUCGCGUCAACACGGUCCGAGACUGCAGUAGAGAAGGAGCGUGAAGCCGGUACAGCCGAACAGCCCAAUGAGCACAUUUCGGCGGCUCCAUCGCUGCCGGAGAGUGGAGCCGCGAUGCCGGAGAGUGGAGCCGCGAUGACCCAGGUUGGGAGCCCUGCUCCGUCUGCUUGA